AUGUCAAGAAAAAAAUUUAUUUUUCUUGUAAAUUUGUUUUUAAUUUUAAUCAUUAGUCUUACAUCUGGUUAUUAUAAUUCUGAAAGUAGUGAAAAUGAAAAAAAUAGUCUUAUUGAUGUAAAGUCAUAUCCAGAAUGUAAAAAAAAUUAUGAUUUUGCUAAAAAAAAAAAAUAUGGCUGUGAUAUAUCAGAUUAUUAUAGAUAUUUAGAGGAUAGAGAUGGAUCAGAUUCUAUUCGUUUUAUUGGAAAACUUAAUGACAUGUUUGGCAAGUUUAUGGAUAGAUCUGAAUUUAUAACACCAGUUAGAAACAUAUUAUUAAGUUAUAAUCAAUAUAGAACUAGAGAAUUACUUUUACAAGUUGGAGAAUAUCAAUAUUUUUAUGGGUAUAAUAACAAAAAUUAUAAAUCAAUUUUAAAACGAAGAAAUAUUACUGAUAAAAUUGAACGUGAUUUUAUCAAUUUAGAUAAUCGUGAUUCAUCGAAUGAAACUGAAAUUAAGAGUUUUGCAUUUAGUAUUACAAAAAAGUUGAUGGGAUAUGAAAUUUCAGAACAGCCUGGAUUUUCAAAAAUAAAAUUUAAAUAUGAAAAUGGAACAGAUUUAAAAGAUGAAUUGCAUCUUAAUGGAAUUACUGAAUAUGCUUUUGUUUUAAAAGACACAGGUUUUAUUUAUUCUAAAUAUCCAUUUAAAAAGGCUUCAAAUGGAACAACAUAUUUGGAUGUCAGUAGUCAGUCAUUAUAUUUUCAUAAAUUUGGAACAACUUUCUAUGCUGAUAUAGAGAUAUAUCGAAAUGAUAAUUUAAAAAAAGGAGAUGUAACGGCAAAAGUAUCAGAUGAUGGAAAUUAUUUAUUUGUGAAAUUACAUGAUACUCAAAACGAUACAUCUGCUUAUUAUUUUUAUAAUCUCACAAAUGUACGUGAUUUUAAAAGUAAAAUAGUUCUUAAUCGUUUGAUUGGAAACUUUGAUGCAUACUAUGAACUUUAUUCUACUGCUGAUGAUAAGGCUAUUGUUUGGACUGAUAAAUAUAAUGGAAGUGGUAGAAUUGUGAAGGUAAAAAUUCCAAGUGUAAAUGAAUCUUUACAAGAUCCUCAAGUAUUCAUAAAAGAAGAAGAAGAUUUAUACAUUCAAAGUAUUAUUCCUGUUGGAAAAGAGUAUUUGGUUUUAAUUUGUAACAAGAAUUCGGAAUAUUUUUUGAAAAUUUAUAAUAAAUAUAAUCAAAAAUUCAUAGAAACAGCGUAUGUUCGUCCAGGGAUUAUUGAAGAUGGACAAGGUGAUACAAGUAAUUAUAACUUUUUCUUUUCAUUUAAAAAUAUAUAUACACCAAAAAGUAUAUAUGAUAUUGAUUUGAAACAGAUUAAAAAUGACACAGUACAUUUAGUGGUAGUAGUAGGAUGUCUAUUCGCACCUCAAUUUGAAAAAUUAGAUACUUCUAAUUUUGUUAUAAAAAAAGAAUAUUAUAAAAGUAAAGAUGGUAAGAAAAUACCUAUGAUAAUGUUUCAUAAUGGAAAUUUAAAGAAAAAUAAAAAAAAUCCUGUAAUUGUAGAAGCUUAUGGUGAUUUUACUGCUGCAUGGCAUCCUCAAAAUUCAUUGGCUAAAAUGUUUUUUGUGAAAGAAUUUGGUGGAAUUUGGUGUAUUCCUGGUAUAAGAGGUAUAGAAGGUUUAGGUGAAAAGUGGACAUCAGACGGAAGAAAACUUAAAAGAAAAAAAAGUUUUGAAGAUUUUAUAUAUGGUAUAAAAUUUUUAAUUAAUAAUGGUUAUACUAAAUCAAGUAAAAUUGCUAUUUAUGGUGAGGGUGAAGGCGGUCUUUUAACAACUGUCGUUUCACAACAAGAGCCAAAGCUUAUUGGUGCUGUUGUAGCAAAAUCACCAUUAUUAGAUACAAUACGAUAUGAUAAAUUAACUCAUAAUGAAUAUUUACUCGAAAAACUGUACGGUGACUUAGAUAAAAGUAAAUAUUAUAAAUAUUUAUAUUCAUUUUCACCUUAUCAUCAAAUGGAUAAAUCUUAUACUUUUAAAAAACAAUGGCCAAGUACUUUAAUAUUUCACCCUCUUUAUGAUAGCGUUUAUGGUGUUCAACAUACAACAAAAUAUUUGGCUAAAUUGUAUAAUCUUAUAAAGAAAAAUAAAAAAUUACGCCAAGCUAAUCCAAUUAUUGCAUCUAUCAUGAAACAUGGUGGUUCUUUAGAUAAAGAUAGAACUGGUGACAUACAAAUGGAUGAAUUAUAUAGAAUGCUUCUUUUCCUUCAACAAGUAUUGGAUUUAAAAUUUGAAAAAUAA